CGAACUAUGAAGUAGACCAUUAGCCAGUCAACUCGGCCUUGCCACUUUUAUACUAAACCCAAGAACAACCCUUCAAUCAGUCCCAAUAAACCCCUCAAACUCAAAAAUGGAAAAAAUCCCGACGACAAACAUCACCCUCCGCCUCUUCCGACCAUCGGACGCCGACGAAUUCAUGGCAUGGGAAUCUGAUGACCGAGUUAUGAAGUUCGUCCGCCGCGACCUCUGCACUACCAAAGAGUCGGCCACAGAGUACAUCACCACCUACGUCGCCAACCAUCCUUUUUGUCGAGCAAUUUGCAUUGGUGAUCGGCCCGUUGGCUGGGUUUCGGUCUGGCCUGCACCGGGCGAAGACUACAGAAAGGCGUCGAUUGGAUAUUGCAUCCGCUACGACCACUGGGGCCGAGGGAUCGCGACAUUGGCGGUGAAGACGGUCGUGGCGACAAUAUUCAAGAAGUGGUCUGAGCUGGAGAGGCUGGAAGCAACAGUGGAGAUCACAAAUGUGGGGAGCGUGAGGGUUUUGGGGAAGGUUGGGUUUAAGAGAGAGGGCUUGUUGAGGAGGUUCGUUAGGUUUAAAGGUGAGAGUAGAGAUGUGUUCGUGUUUAGUUUCUUGUCUACGGAUCCUUUGCUGGAUUGAGAGUUAUAUGGAUUGUGGUUGUAAUUUAUGCUGAUUUCAGACAAGCUCAAUAUAUAAUUGUGAAAUAGGUAAGUCAAAACUGAGGUUUAUGCAUUA